AUGUCUGGCAGAGAAGUCGUCAACGAUCACCACCUCCUUAUCGACAAGACCCCCCUUCCUGAUCACAUCCCCCAGGUUCCUGAGGUCGGCGCUACAACCGCUCCUCUGCUGUCAGCCUCAUUCUUCAUUGGCGCCCGAUGCCUUCCAUACAACGAUGACUACAUGUUGUGCAAGAAGGAAUCUAACGGCAACGGUGAGAUUGACUGCCUGAAGGAGGGCCGAAGAGUUACCCGCUGCGCCAUUUCUGUUCUUGAAGAUGUCAACAAGCACUGCCUCGAAGAAUUCAGACUCCACUGGCAGUGCCUUGAACAACAAAACCACCAAUUUUCCGGCUGCAGACCGGCAGAGCGUCUCCUCAACAAGUGUGUUUUUGACAAGUUGAAAUUGGAGAAGACUAUCCCUGGAACCCCAGAAGGUCAGGUCCCCAUUCACCUUAAAGAGAAGCCCAUCAUCCGACCAAAUACUGAAGAUUACGCUUCCGUUAAGGCUUACCAAAAGGCCAAGGCUGACGGUCUUUUAUAA